AUGCAUCCAGACUCCAGCACUGAAUUCGACUCAUCGUCCAGCUGUAGCACAGCAUCGCCUGGCGGGGACACCCCUGGGUGCAGCCAGCAUCCUCCUGACUCGCUUUCAUCAUCAGUGGACAGCGCCAAGGAUAUUGAGACUAGUGCAGCAGACUCCUUUGUUCCGACUGUGACUGCAAUCUCAACCUCGCCGGAUCUAAGGUGGAUGGUGCAGCCGGCAGUCAUCACAUCUGUCUCUCCGUCGUCCGGCCGCGCAAAGACCAAAACUCACGGCGCCACACAGUCGUCUUCGCCGGCAGCUGCAAACAAGGCAAAGCCCUCCAAUAGGAAAGGGCUGAAAGACAAGCCUUCCAAAGAGGAAGAGGAAAGGAGGAGGAUCAGAAGGGAGAGGAACAAGAUUGCUGCAGCGAAGUGUCGCAACAGACGGAGGGAGCUGAUAGACACUCUGCAAGCUGAAACUGACAAGCUCGAAGACGAGAAGGCUGCCCUCCAGACAGAGAUAGAUGAGCUGCUGAAGGAGAAGGAGAGACUGGAGCAGGUCUUAGCCUCCCACAACCCAUCCUGCAAACUCCCUGCCAACAAUGACAGUGAUGAGGAGGACCGCGGAGGUGACGUUAACACGAUGCUGCAGGAUCCUCCGGCCUCCCCGCAGCUGCUGUCCAUCUUAGGGAAUGAAAAGCACCCGGAGGGCAGCGCCGCCGCUGGAGAAGCUCCCGUUGGUCAAGACGUGGACAGCGUCCCUUGCAUCCCCGCUGCAGCCAUUCUGGGGAACUCCAACAUCCUCCUGUGCUCCAGUGCCGAGGAGGGGGCCCUGGAGGACUUAAAAGGAGAUGACCUGGAUGACCUGGUGCCCAGCCUGGAGAUGGCAGUAACCUCUGAGAUGGCUGCAUCCGUCCCUGACAUAGACCUGAGCAGCCCCUUCUGCCUCUCAGACUGGGAAACCCUGUACAAGUCUGUGGCGAACGACCUUGAAUCUCUGAGCACGCCAGUCAUGUCUUCCAGUCCCACUUGUAGCAAUUACCGCACAGUGUUCUCCUUUAAUUACUCUGAGAUUGAUUCCUUGGCCGAGGGCUUCGAGAGCCUCAAAGGCAGCCUUGGCGCGUCUGAGUUAAUGAAAGAUAGUCUUAACUCUCCAACACUCCUGGCCUUGUGAAUGCAAAGAAGUUAUGCAACGCAAUGAUACUGUAAUUGUAUUCUAACCAGCCAGCAAGCUACGAUCUCCCUCUUAAAUAACCUUCUGUAGUGUGAGUUUUGAUGUUGUGUAAACCUAAACAUCAAAGGCUGUGUAGAUGACAUGUUUUCUGUGACUGUGACAGGGUUGACUUCUUCCAUACCGCCGGUGCAAGUCUCUCAGAUAAGACUCUGUGCUGGUGGCAAAAAUGCAUGCAAAUACAAGUCAUCCGUACUCCGAAAAGAGGUGGUAUCUUGUGUUUCUGAAAUCCCUAAAUGUGAUGUGAAGUUUGAUCACGCUCAGUAGCCUAAUGUAUGUGUAAUACUGUUGACCAAGUUGUGUUGUAACAAGUGAAAAUAACAGGGUUACUAAUAUGUAGUGUAUAGGUGUAACAUCUUGCUGUAAGGUGUCCCCUAACUUGACAUUUCCUCUCAAGUGUUUCCAUAAAAAAAAAAAU